CAAUGCUCUAAACCUAGCAAAUCUGACAAAGCUGUUGGAACUGCUGUGAUAACAACAACCCACCAGUCUUGAAGUCAUUUCGUCCGAACCGUUCCGAUCAGCACGUCACCGUCAGCACUAACAGUAAACACACCCCCACAUACAGCUUCCCAGCCAUCUUGCUGGUAAAACAAACAACUCUUCAACACCCAAAUCCCGCCAUACUCAACGAAAAUGGCACUCGGCACCACACUCCCCAUCUGGCCAGCGCUCAUCUUCACCUACCUAGAGCCCCUCUCCCUCCUUGUAGGCUACUAUGUCGCCUCAACCACCCCCUCAACCUUUGUCUCUGACCAAAUCCCCUCCACACCUACCACCCUCUUGACCCCGAUCCCUUCAUCUGCCCUGGUCCUCGCCCACUCAAUGGGCAAUGUAUUCGUCCUGCUCGCCGGUCUCGCUGUUCUUUGUACGGCCGUAACGCGCGACGCCAAGGUGACGAAGUGGUACCUCGCUAUAGUUGCCGGCGCCGAUGUGGGGCACAUAUACUCGAGCUAUCGCAUCAUGGGACCAGGUGUGUUCUGGGACUUUGCGGCGUAUAAUGACACGAUGUGGGGGAACAUCGGGUUUAGUGCCUUUUUGCAUGUUACUCGUGUUGCUACGUUGCUGGGGCUGUUUGGGAGGGUUGGGUGGGCGUGAUGGAUGAGUAUUUUCGGAAGUGGUCAGAGAAUGAUACAUAUUGGCAAGAUGAAUUCUAUACCUAACGCCUUGAUUAACGCCAAUACUAUGCACCU